UUUUUUUUUCUCUUUUACUUUGCCAUUGAAGCAAUGAGCAGUAUAAACACAACACUGACAGCAGCAGAAAAUGAACAAACGAUAACCGAAAGCAGUCAGCAGCUAUCGUCAGUUUUAAUUGGUAUAAUAGUACUAUCGGUGAUUGCAGGAAUAGGAUUGUUGUGUUUAUCUUUUUUACUUGUCCGACGAACAGGUAGUAAUGAUACUACAUCAGGACAAAAGAACGAUGUUCCAAUAACAUCUUCACUUGAUACCCAUGAUAUAUUCUUUACGAUUUUAGAAUAUCCACCCACAAAACCACCUACCUGUCUCGUAUCAGACAUAUCUUCUUCCAAUAACUGUUCGUUUAUCUAUGAAGAAAGAAAUGACCCAAUUUCUGCAUCUCUUGCUAGACAAAGUAUAGAAGAAAGGUCCGGAUAUUAUAAAAGUCCAACCAGAACACCUGUACCAUAUUAUCAUUAUCAGAAACAAUCUUCUGUAAAUUCUUCAAAAACAAAUCAUUUAAUAAUGAUUGAUGAUUUGGAUGAAGAUGAAAAGGCUAUGCAAAGAUGGUCUGCUUCUUCUUAUCAUGUAUGGUAAGCACUUUCGGCCGGUAUAUAUCCAUUUUGUAACUACACAUACCCCUUGUCCUUCUUUGUACAUAUAUACAUAUUCUCUUUUUUGUACAUUUACACUCAAUCACCGACCCCUUAUAUCUCCCAUAAACACAGAUCCACACACAAGCACACACACACACAAGCACACACACAAACACGCAAAAAAAAAACAUAUACACCCCUUCUUCUUUGUAUAUCAUUACUCUUUCAUUCAUUAAAUAAAUUAAAUGAAUUUAUAUACAACAUCAAAAAAGAAA